AAAAGCUCUAAAAGUUAGCGACAUAGGAAAGAAUUAUCAUGAACAAGAUAAGAGCAUUGUAAUGCGCAUCGAUGCCAAGUUUCGAAUUGGCAACCGCGAGAUCGUGGCCCUGAUGGAGAUGUUUAUAGAUAUAGAUCUAGAUGGACUGAUUUUAUGCGGCUGUUAACAAAAGCUCUGAAAGGCGCACAAUAUUUUUGGAGCAAUAUAAGUUUGUUUAUAUGGUUAUGAAUAAAUACAAAAAUCUAUUCAUGCUUAAGGCUUCAAUUUCAAGAAAUGACGAGAAUGGAAAACGAUUCUGUGUUGUCCUACAGGACCUCAUUAUUUAUCAAUUCAUCUCUGGAUUUACUCCACGAAGAGCCUUCACUUGCGCUUGCAUCGAGAGUGUUGUUUUGGAUAUUAUCCAUCACUGGAUUAUUUGCCAACUUCAUCGUAAUUUAUGUCAUUAUCAAACACCGGAAAAUACUUCUUAAGAUUCCUUCUAACAAUUUACUGCUCUGUUUAGUUAUUACUGACAUAGCAUGUGUUUGUAUAUUGAUUGCUAUUCGAUGUGCCAACUUAGCUAUGGAACAAGAUGAUGAUGUAACUGCCGUACUUGUGUCCUCAGAUUCAUUAUUUGCAUCAUGUGAAGUCGUUUUAAGCAAUUGGACAGUGACAGCCAUUGCGGUUUUUAAUUAUUUGGGCGUUGCAUAUCCUAUUAAAUUUCGUAUAUUUGCCACAAAGAAAAAAGUCACCACAAUUGUGGUGUGUAUUUGGUUGCUUGCGACAAGUGUGUCAAUUCCAGUCAUAUUUUUUCCAAAGAUAAAAAACUUUGUUAUAAAUCCUGAACAUUUAAUAAUGGAGGAUAUUUAUAUUUAUUAUUUAAUCAUUUUGGAUGUACUUUCAAAUGUACCCCCUGUUCUCGCAAUUGUUAUAUUAUAUCCCAUGAUAUUGUAUAACCUAAUAAUGAAGCACGAGCAGCACAGUAGAAGUGAUUCUUUCCGAAAGAAAAUGUAUAGUUCUAUCAAGUAUAUUUCAUUUACAUAUGUAUUAUUUCUCAUGUACGCAUCCUUUAAUCUGGCGAUUACUUUGACACUUUUCAGCUUUCUCGCUACUGAUCAGUUAAGUGAAAUACCCAUUCCGGAAUCAGCCAAACGAUCGUUGAGAUUCAUGGCAUUCAUGGAGCCUUCAAUCGUUUUUCACACUGUGUUAAAUCCGUUUCUUCACGCCCUUUUAACUGAGAAUUUCAAAAAAUAUUAUGUUCCAUCCUGUUGGAAAACUAAAGAAAGUGUAUCAAUUACUAAUACAUAGUAAUUUAAAAUAUUUUGCGGAUGAUGUUAUAACAUUUUUCAAGUUAUCCUAUAGCCAAAAGGAGUGCUCUCAUUUCUUUACUUGAACUUUAUCCUCGCCACUUUAACCUGUGUAGGAAGAAGUAAGGAUAAAAAGUGUUUAUCUCUGUUUCAUAUCUUUUACUAUGUGCCGAAUUAAUAUAUGGGACGAAAUAGUAGACAGUUUUUCAUUCGCACUGAGUUUCUAAUAAGUGGGCUAAACUACACCUAAAAAUGAGAGGAAAUAUUCAAAAUAUCAUAUAUUUGUAUAUAUACUGAAUAUCUUUUGCGACGUGGUGUUAUUGAUGAUUGAAUUGGCAUUCACUUUUUCGUUAUCUUUCAUUUCAUAAAAUCUGUAAUUGAGUUCAGAAAUUGGCAAUUUAAUUUCGGUUAGAAAGAUAACAAUUUUUUGACUCAGUGAAUAGACACCGACUCAGCCUUAGCUUAUUUACACAAUAUUUGUAUUGUAAAAUGAAAUGAACUACUGUGAAAGACUCGGUUGGUAUUGUGUGUCAAACUGACAGUUAUCAAACUCCAUUUGAAACUCAUUAGUACAGUGAUCCUACUUUUGUUGCUUCAUGAUUUAAUUUGACUUUUUAGUUGUGUCUAUCAGGUAAAUACCCCAAGAAAUUCAUUCAUAUUUCAUUUUUAGGUUAUCUAAGUCUCAUCAACAUCAAUCAAAGCUUUUCUGAAUCUACAAAUCAUUAAAUAUGCAUUUCAAGUAAUGCUUUAAUUUUUAUCAGAUGGUGGCUUGUAUCUUUUGUGAUAGCGGUGAAUUUUUUUCUGUCUUUGAAAACCAAUAGCAAUUACAAAAUAUUCAAAUAAUAAUAUUAAAAACCAACGCAUUAUCAGUGGCAAUUGCACUGGUAUUAUUUAUACACGACAUGUAUAUACAAUCCACUUCUCAUAUUUUGUGAAAAACGCGUCAGAA